UUUUAUCGAUAGAGAGAAACUAUGCGGGCCUUCAUUUGAAUCAGGCGGAAAGCGAGAACACAUACUACUGCGUGCGCGAACACAAGACUCGUCUGCAGCCAAAGCUGAGAGAGCGAGCAGAAGACUGAAAGUAAAGAAUCUAAGGAGGGAAGGUUCUAAGGGUGCUCUCAUCCAAAGAGACCCCUCUCGGAACCCUAGAACAACCCUAAAUGGGGAGCUCCAAGGACGACUCAGCUGCCGACGGCGAUAACUCCGGCGGGGACGUCCCCGACUCCAAUUCCAGCCUAUUCUCCGAAGGCGAGAAAGUUCUCGCCUAUCACGGCCCUCGCAUCUAUGAAGCCAAGGUUCAAAAAGCUGAGUUUUGGAAGACAGAAUGGAGAUACUUCGUUCAUUACCUGGGUUGGAAUAAAAAUUGGGAUGAAUGGGUAGGCAUGGAUCGCUUGAUGAAAAAUACUGAUGAGAAUGUCCUGAAGCAGCAGGCCCUAGACAAAAAACAGGGUGUGGACAAGAAUCCAAAAUCAGGGCGCUCAACACAAACAAGGCCGAAAAGCUCGACUGAUGUAAAAGCGGAUAAAGAUGACACAAAAAAUAACGUGGCCAAAGGGAAGAAGCGGAAGAGCGAAUCAGGUGCUGAGAAGGAUAAUAUAUCAACAGAAAAGCUUGUGAAGAUUCAAAUUCCAUCAACUCUAAAGAAGCAACUAGUUGAUGACUGGGAAUUCGUUAUUCAGCAGGAUAAGCUUGUUAAACUUCCACGUUCUCCUAAUGUUGAUGAUAUAUUGACAAAGUACCUUGAAUACAGGUCAAAGAAGGAUGGCAUGAUGACUGAUUCGGUCAAAGAAAUUUUGAAUGGAUUACGCUGUUACUUUGACAAAGCAUUGCCAGUUAUUCUUUUAUACAAGAAAGAACGACAACAAUAUCAUGAUGCAGUUGCAGAUAAAGUCUCUCCAUCAAGUAUAUAUGGUGCUGAACAUCUACUACGUCUCUUUGUUAAGUUGCCUGAGUUAUUGGCAUAUGUGAACAUUGAAGAGGAGACUUUGAUUCGUUUGCAGCAGAAAUUACUCGACUUUCUCAAGUUUCUGCAGAAGAAUCAGGGCACUUUCUUCCUUUCCGCUUAUGAUGGCUCUAAAGGUACCGAAGGAACUACUAAGGGGAAAGCUAACUGAUGGCAAUUCAUUAUGCUCUUCUAGCUCUCCAAAUCGCACUUGCCCUUGGCAGACAUCUAAUGUGCUUGGUGGAGUUUUCUAACUAUGCUGGCAUAUUUCCGAUUCUGCUUCGACGAUCCAGCAAGCUAAACCACCCCUUUGUUCGUUGUUUGUUGUUGUAACAGUAAUUCGUUCUUGUUGCUUUUCCUUUUCGUUAGAAUAAAAAAUAAAAAUUCAUUCAUCUUGUACUGUGCUGCCUUAGAUGAACUAACUUAUUAUAAUAGCCUAUUGUUCAUUACCUGUAACAUUAGAUGAUCGACUGUUAAGUUUGCCCAGACAAAACUGUGGCUGAGACUUAGAAUAUUGAUGCUGUUUCAGUUUUAAUCAAGAUAAAUUUGGUACUA